AUGGGUGUUAUGCGCUUCCCUCGCCCAUCGGGCAUCUAUGUCCCCAGCUCGCCCACUCGGCUCCUCACCAACGACAUGAUCUCUCCUCCUCUCUCCCCAGACUUCAACUUUGACUCUGAAGUCGUGCUUCCAUCUAUCCUCCCCGCUCUCGAAUAUAUUUCCUCCAAGUUGCAACAAAAGACAAUGCACGUCACGCUCUUGGUCGGUCGCGGGAAGCCAUACCCAACCGGCCAGGCUUCCGACCUCAUGAUCAUCCCUAUCACACCUCUCGAUGGUCCUUCACGGCGUGUACUGGAGCGAGCAAUUGCAAAGGGUGCUAAGAAAUUCUCCCUUGGCCCAAGUUGGACCGAGGCCCUUGGCCGCAGCCAGCACGAACGCCACGCGAACGAGUACCUCGUGCAACAAUCCAUCCUCCAGAACGAAGUUAUCUUCAGCCAAGAAGGUCUAACCCUUCUCAACAUGGACCGCAUCUAUAUCUUCAAGCGUCGCAUGUGCAUUCUCUCCAGCCGCCCCUUCUCGCGGUCAGAUGAACAGUCCAUGAACUCCUGUGUCCAGCUGCUCCACCGCAUCAUCAAGGAUUUCCAAGGCCGCCCCUUCAGCAAGGCCUUCUUCCAUCGCGUCUAUGAACAAUUAGACGUCAAGGACGACCUACUUGCCGCCGUCGCCACAGCUUAUCAAAACACCCACAAUCAAGAAGCCAUCAUCCUGCCAACAAAAGUUAAGGCUGAGAAUCCUCGAAAGUCGCCAGUUCACACUGCGCCAAUUCGCACCGUCCGCGUUCGACGAGAACCAGUUGCAAAGCCCACCCCCUCCAAGCCAAUUACAAACAAGGGACUCCCAGCGAGCCCUUCACCUGCAAAGGCACUUGUGCCAAAGACAAACCCCUGUCCUGUGAAGGCAAGCCCUAUGAAGUCAAGCACCAUGAAGCCACACUCGUCCAGGCGCGGGCCUAAGACCCCUCUCUCAGCGUCGGAUGUUACUCCAAUUACACGGAAUGAGUGGAACAUCCUCGUCGGUCAGGAUAUCCGGUUGCAACCAACAGUCACAAAGUGGACUCCUUCGCCUACUGUCUACGCUAUGGCUUGA